AUGAACGUGGGGAAUGGAAUCAACGCCAUGAAUCAGAUUACACCAGCACAACUACAGGUAAGCCAAUCCGAUCAAAACAUACUUUUAGGUCAUCCUACCGUAGCGUUCUCUCAUUCUUUUAGUCUACAGAGCAUUGGGCUCACGCCAACACAGAUCGCAAUGUUACAAAAUGGGGUACUCACACUUCACCCGCCUCAGCCAUCAUCUUCAAAUCAGAAUCAGGUGUCGUCAGCGCAAGCAGUCAAUGUACAAGCAAUGAACCAUCCGCCAGUGCCUCAACCACAUCUGGCUCAGGCACACGCUCAAGCUCAGGCUCAUGCUCAAGCACAGGCUCAUGCGCAGGCACAAGCGCAGGCACAAGCUCAGGUCCAAGCUCAGGCCCAAGCUCAGGCCCAAGCUCAAGCUCAAGCUCAAGCACAAGCUCAAGCUCAAGCUCAGGCUCAAGCUCAAGCACAGGCGCAUGCGCAAGCUCAGGCUCAAGCUCAAGCUCAGCAUCAUCUGCAAGCUCAGCAACAAGCUGCUCAAGCUCAACAGCAGCUACAGGCUCAACAAGCUGCGCAGCAGGCUCAACUACAAGCCCAACAACAAGCCACUGCACAUUUGCAAGCAGUUGCUGCUCAGCAACAGGCUCAACAACAAGCAUUGGCAGCUCAACAAAAUGCACAUCAAGCAGCUCAGCAAGCGGCUCAGCAGGCUGGGAAUCCUGCAGGAAUUGUUGUAUCAGCACCUCAACCACCAGGUCAACCGAAUGCUGCACAGCUCAUUCAUCAGAUUCAAGCAAUGCAGGCAGCUCAAAACGCCCAGGCUCAAGUGGCGCAAGCCGCCCAAGCUGCCCAGCAAAGUGCACAGUUAUCCCAACAAAUGACUGCAAAUCAGACUGCACAACAAUUAGCACAUCCAACAUGUCCACCUCCACCGCCGGGCGUUCCAUCGAUGCCAUGGCCUGUAGGAUCUCCAGUUUGCCAUGUUCCGUUUUUUGACACGAAUUCAUACCGAAAUGUGAAUGUCGAGGUUGCACCAAGCCACGAUACUUCUGGAAUGGACUUGCCGCUUGUAGAUAUUAACACUCUCAGAUUCUUUUUCAAUUUGGGAGUACAACAAUCAAGAAAUCUGUUAGCUGCUCGACAAGCUGUUAGCGGUCACCCAAUCUCUCUAGCAGCUACUCCAACUCCAACACCCGCACAACAUCCAAGUACUAGUUCGCAAGAAGGUAAUUCUGGAGGUACGCCAAGCAAUCCCAAUUUGGUUGCCUUGGUAAACCAGGCAGCCAGUGGAGGAAAUGUCCCAACUCAAUCCCAAAUCGAACAGUUGAACAGUCUCAUUGGACACAACAGUCUUCUUCGACAAGCUCAACAACUUCAAACACCACAAGGAGGAGCUCCAGUACCGCUGCAAAACACUCUUCUUCAACAGCAACUGAACCAGAUCCUUCGUAACCAACAACAGCAGCAGCAGCAGCAAGCUCUCCAGCAACAACUUCAGCAACAAGCCAGUCAAAAUGCUCUUCAACAACAGAUAAACGCAUUGGUUCAGCAGCAACAACAGCAACAACAAAUAUCUCUUUCUGCCGGUACAUCAGGAUCAAUUCAAAACCAAGAACGCAAAUUGGGAAGUGCAGAUGUCGCCGCCGGUCACGCAUCCGUUGGGCUUACUCCAACACCAUUCCAGCUCAAUGGACCAGGCAUGCCGUCCGCAACCACACCGGUUCCUCCAGCUGUAACACCAAACGCGCAACAACAACAAUUCCAGAAACACAUCGACGGGCAAACGAUGCUCCUCCAGCAGGCUCUGCUUAACGCCAAUAACAACGGCCAGAAUGGGAAUAAAGCCACCCUUCAUGACAUUCGUUUUCAAGCUAUGGCUCAACAACAACAAGUUGCAGCUUCCGGAAUCGGACAAGGAGUAUCGAAUCUUCAUCCAUUCAUUCGACCAACGGAGGCUGUAAGACAAUCUGUUAUGAAUGGCUCCAACAGUGAACCAAAUGUAUCUCCAAGACCAAUCCCAUUGGAUCCAAGUCCACCACGAGCAACUAGCGGAGGAGCUGCAACAGGCGAACCAACAAAGGAAUCCCUCAUCAAUGUCGAGGAUGACAAACCAACUACCAGUGCCGCGGGACCAUCACACCCUCAUCCAUUGAAUCCUAUCGGUAUCGCCAAUCCACUGAAUGCUGCAGCAUCAGCGGCGGGGUUUCACAACAACUCAAAAACCAACACAGCCGUGUCGGGAAACGGAAAUCCGGGGUCGAAUGUUGCGACCCCUGUUCUAUCUAUGAUCCAAAUGUCAGAAGACCACUACACUGAGACGUUCAGGAAAAAUGAGCAGAAAAGGCAACAAGGGCUAACCAACACUAAUGGACAAGCUGGAGGAUCUCCAAAAACCGAUGGAGUACCGGAUGCCGAUGAGCGUCCGCCAGCGUUGGCACCAAUUUUGAUGAUGUCGUAUUUGAACAAUUGCAUGAGCCACGCAAAGACACACCUGACAGCGAACGGAGUUCAAGUCGGAGUCGAUGACAAUGGCCAAGUUGUUGACUUUGCCGCGCGCCCAAUUGAUCCCAUUUUCAAGGACGCUCGCGAGGACAUGAAAGCGAAAGACGUUAGAAAUCUGGAGCAUCAUCCCGGAAAGCGACCGUUCCCGGGAGCAGUAACAUCGCAACCCAAGAGCAUUUUUGCCAAGAAGAGCCCAUCUCCACAAAGGCAUCCUGGACAAUCUCCUCAUCAAACCCCUUCUCCAAUGCGCCAACAAAUCAACCAAAAUCCAAUUGGAAUCAACAGACCGAUUCCGGACGUUGCGCCACCAAAGAUUGAACCCGAAACCGAUCGAUCACCCAGUGAGGACCUAGAUGAUGAUGGAGCGAAAAGGUUACGGAUAGCAACGGAUGAAGAAUGA